CAACUUGGCCAUUGCUUGUCAUGUCUCCUUUGUCUUUUCUGGGUUGUUGUUGGGUAUCUAUGCUGUCCAUAUCAUAUGUUGCUUGGGCUGUUUUAUAUCCUUCCCUGUCAAUACGCCCAAUCUCAACAAUCCACUACUUUGUACAUAUACAUCUGCUUAGUUGCUUGCUAUACUGUUCAUCAACGUCACUUCUUGUUGUGCCUUCAUUUUUAUCUUCUAAUGGGUCCUGCUGGAGUGUUAAGUAGUUCUCCAAUGGUUUGUGCUCCAUUAAUGGCCCAAUCUGUUGAGCAAAUGAUUGCUGACAUGCACAGUGCAAAGAAACAGGGUGCUGACGUUGCAGAGGUCAGAUUGGACCAUAUCAACAACUUCCAGCCUCGCCAGGACCUCGAGACCAUCCUCAGAAACAAGCCAUUGCCGGUGCUCAUCGUGUGCCGGCCAAAAUGGGAAGGUGGUCUUUAUGAAGGAGAUGAACACAAAAGAUUGGAUGCACUUCGUUUGGCUUAUGAGUUGGGAGCUGAUUACAUUGAUUAUGACCUCAAGGUGGCUUCUGGUGUGAUAGAAGAACUGAAAAAGACACAUCAAACUGGUAGCAAAGUUAUUGUGUCAUGUUAUUUGAAUGGUCCGACGCCUUCGAGGGAAAAUCUUAGCCGCCUGAUUGGGGUCAUGCAAGCUACUGGAGCAGAUAUUAUCAAACUUGUUUCCAGUGCAAAUGAUAUUACAGAACUGGAAAGGAUUUUCCAUUUGUUUGUACAUUUUCAGGUUCCAAUAAUUGCAUACUCAGUAGGGGAAAGAGGUCUCAUAAGCCAGAUAUUGGCUCCAAAAUUUGGUGGUUUUUUAGUCUAUGGUUCCAUGGGAGGAAGUUCAGUUUCCGGUCUGCCUUCUUUAGACAGCCUUAGAGAAACCUAUAAGGUUGAGUCCAUAAACUCAGAUACUAAAGUUUUUGGUCUAGUUUCUAAACCAGUUGGCCACAGCAAAGGCCCCAUACUGCAUAAUCCUACCUUCAGACAUGUGAACUAUAAUGGCAUUUAUGUUCCAAUGUUCGUCGAUGAUCUCAAGGAAUUCUUUAGCGUUUACUUGAGCCCUGACUAUGCCGGUUUUAGUGUUGGAUUUCCAUACAAGGAAGCUGUUGUUGAGUUUUGUGAUGAAGUCCAUCCACUUGCUAAGUCUAUAGGUGCUGUGAACACCAUUAUCAGGAGGCCUGGUGAUGGGAAGCUGAUAGGUUAUAAUACAGAUUGUGAGGCUUCAAUAACUGCUGUUGAAGAUGCUUUAAAAGAACAAGGACACAUCAACUGCAGAGAAUCUCUUGGCUGUUCACUAACUGGAAGACAAUUUGUGGUAGUUGGUGCUGGAGGGGCCGGAAGAGCACUUGCAUUUGGUGCUAAAAGUAGAGGAGCCCGAAUAAUCAUUUUCGAUAUCAAUUUUGAGAGGGCAAAGUCUCUAGCUCAUGGUGUUUCGGGCGAAGCUCGGCUUUUUGAAAGUCUAGUUCAGUUUCAGCCAGAGAAUGGAGCAAUCCUUGCAAAUGCAACACCAUUAGGAAUGCAUCCAAAUACAGAUAGAAUUCCUGUGGCUGAGGAAACCUUGGGGAUCUAUCAGCUGGUGUUUGAUGCUGUCUAUACACCUAGAAAAACCAGACUAUUAAAGGAAGCUGAAGCAGCAGGAGCAAUCACAGUGAGUGGGGUUGAAAUGUUCCUCAGGCAGGCAAUUGGCCAGUUCAACCUCUUCACCGGCAAAGAAGCUCCUAAAGAUUUCAUGCGAGCGAUUGUCUUAGACAAGUUCUGAUGUAUUUUUCUGAAAGAUGAUGAAGUGUUCAAUCUAGCUUCAAUGAUUAUCUGGCUGGUGCAGAUGCCAAAUAAGGUCCAAUCUUCAAGUUUCCAACAAUAAUAAUUCAAGUGUAAAGCCAUUUACUGGAUCAGAAACAGCAAUUUCAUGGGCAGAAAUUUAUUAUAAUAAGCCAUUUACAGUAGAAAACCUGUAAAAGCCACUUUGAUUUUAAUUUUAUUUUUGAUAAACCCAAAAUGGGCCUUGCAUUGCA